UUUAACUUAUUUAUAAACACUUCAGUUUAGUUUAGACCGUCGUCAGAUAACGAUGCGGACAUUCAAGACACUCUUAACCUUGUUGGGUAUUUCAAGUUUGUGUAAUGGAUACAAAAUUUUACUAGUGUUUCCUGUACCUUCAAGAAGUCAUUUCAAUUUAGGAAGUGCUUUGGCCCGAGGAUUGGCUAAUGCUGGACACGAUGUAACUCUUCUAAGCCCUUACGAUGAUGAUUAUGUUCCAACUAAUGGAUCUUAUAGGCCGGUAGUGUUGAGUGAAGUGUUAGAAAAAUAUAAUGAAAAUAAAAUGGACAUGUUUACUUCUGACGAAUCAGCAUCAACAUUCUUUAAAAUGUUUAGGGAAAUGGUAAGCCUAGUUUCUAGGGGUACGUUAGGGUCAACAAAAGUAAAAAAAUUGUUGGAUGAUGGAGAAACUUUCGAUGCAGUCAUCGUGGAAGAAUUUAUGUCAGAUUCAUUGAAAGUAUUUAGUCAUCUCUUUAAGGGACAUUUAAUUUCAUAUAGCAGCAUUGGACCAACUUCAUUAGUCAGUAACCUUGUUGGAAAUCCAUUUCCUUUAUCGUUUAUACCGGAAGUGAAUUCAGGUUUACCUGUAAAAAUGUCAUUCUUCCAAAGAGUAUAUAACUUAUGGAUUCAUUUGUUUUUCAAAGUUUUCUUUGCGUUCGCCAUUCCUGAUCAAGAAAAAGUCCUUAAAGAAUAUUAUCCAGACUCUCCAUCUAUAGAAGAAUUGAAGAAAAAUAUAACUUUGGUGUUGAUGAAUUCACAUGUUAGUAACUUUCAACCAGUUCCAACUGUUCCAAAGAUGGUAGCAAUAGGCGGUUACCAUGUGCAACCUCCGAAAGGUCUUCCCAAAGAUUUGAAACAUUAUUUGGAUAAGGCCGAACAUGGUGUUGUGUACUUUAGUAUGGGUUCCGUUUUAAAGAGCAAAAAUAUGCCUAAGGAGAAAAUCGAUAUCCUUAUUGGAGCAUUCAAACAACUCAAACAAAAAGUACUUUGGAAAUGGGAAGAUGAUAAUUUACCAGGGAUUCCAGAUAAUGUAAGGACAAUGAAGUGGGUACCCCAGGCGGAUGUUUUGGCUCACCCUAAUGUCAAAUUGUUUAUUACUCACAGUGGUUUACUCAGUACCACAGAAACAAUUUAUUUUGGAAAACCUGUACUGUGUAUACCAAUUUUUGGAGAUCAACCGAUAAACGCACAAAAUAUGGUGAAUCAUGGAUUUGCACUACGCCAUGAUUACAAAAAUCUGACCAAUUCUGAAGAAUUUUUGUACAAAAUAAAGGAAAUGUUGAACAAUCCUAAGUACUAUGAAAAUGCUCAGACUAGAUCCAAAAUUAUGCAUGACAGAAAAGUUAAGCCUAUUGAUGAAGCAGUGUUUUGGGUCGAGUAUGUAAUACGUCACAAUGGUGCGGAACAUCUUCGUGUGGCCGGUGAAGACUUGACAUGGUACCAAUAUCAUCUUAUAGAUGUUGUGCUCUUUGUAUCUGCUGUGGUACUGCUAGUAUUGACAGGAUUGUUUGUACUUUUGAGGUUCAUCACUAGAAAAAUAUUAGGUUGUAAAUGCAUAAAUAAAUGUGAAAUGAAUAAGAAGUACAAGAAGAAUUAGAAUACCAUACAUCUAUUUUAUAUUUUGUCACUGACAUUUAUAUUUAUUAUUAAAUUUUUUUUUA